AUGGAUACUAUCAUGAGCAGCCUACCCCCAGAUAUAGGGGCGAUCCUGAUGAAAAACAUCGGGAUUUUACAGGUUGUCUCCAUGUUCGCAAUUGGCGCGUAUAAUGCCUUAGAAACCGGGGUCGUUACCUUUGACACCUUCAAACACUACCGCGGUCUAUAUUUCUGGAGUAUGCAAGUCUCGUCUUGGGGAAUUUUAUUGCAUGCGAUUCCGGCUAUGGUCCGUUUCGUCUCGGUGGCCCCAAACCUGCCAAUGUCCAUUCCCUUCAUCCUCGGCUGGUAUGCAAUGGUCACCGGCCAAGCCCUAGUCCUUUACUCCCGACUUCAUCUCGUCAUCUCCGAUAUCAACAAGCUCAGCUGGGUAUUAUGGAUGAUCAUCCUCAACGCACUGGUCCUCCACAUACCCAUGACAGUCCUCUUCUUCGGUCUCAGCCAGAACAACGCCGCUCUCGCCCGCCCAGCCGCAAUCUUCGACCGCAUCCAACUAACAGGCUUCUGCAUGCAAGACUUCAUCAUUUGCGGCAUCUACAUCCGCGAAGCUCUCCGCGCCCUAGGCCCCGUCCUCGAAGUCCGCGGCAAAGAAGGCCGAAAAGUCAUCGUCCAUCUCAUCUGGGUGAACGUGCUAGUCGUGAUACUCAACUGCCUCCUCCUGAUCACCGAGUACAAACUCCACUACAUCCAAGUCGGUUUCAAAACAGUAGUGUACAGCAUCAAACUGAAACUCGAAUUCUCGGUACUUAACCGUCUACGCUCUUUAACCCGCACACAACCCUGCGUCUGCCAACAACCACAACAACACUCCGGCGGUGGUCCACGCCGAUCAAGCGAUAUAAACAUCCUCGACAUGCUCUCCGCACGCUCGCGGAUACCGAGGGUAGAUAUCGAGGAAAUACCCGCCUUCGUGCACGUCGGUGUCUCACACCGGUCUCUUUCUGUGCCGAAUAGUACACAUGAUUUCCACGAAGCUCUUCGCGAGACCUCAUCGCAUGAUAACGUGAUCAGCCCAGUCGAUAUAUGUGUCCUCUCCCCUUCCACGCUCUCUUCCGAGAACCAUUCUCGGCCUCGAAUCGGAUCUUCAGAAACAAAAUCCACGGUGGAAAUGAGAUUGCUCGAGUCACCAAAGUCUAAUUAG